CACGAGUGCUCUAGUCCUGACGGAGCACAGAGGAGCCGUUAGCUUGAUUUAUAAAGCUCUGCUGACAGAACAGAUCAUCUUUUUUUAAAGUGGUUGUAUUCUUGAAAGCAUGAUAAUGGCCAGGCAUUCACCUCCCUGGAGGUUUGUUGUAACAGCAUAAUAUAACACAGAUCCAGGUAUCUGCUCUCGUUUGGCUAGGGCGUAGUGGACAUUAUCAUGAUUUGCUGGUCUCUUUAGGCCAGAGUGUUUUCACCGGUAAACACCAGUGUGUUCUCCUGUGUUGGCAGCACAGGAUGUUUCAUAGGAAUAGAACACUGUGUAAGCUAUUGCAAUUUUGGGGAACAAACUAGAGAAGUUUAUUUAGUCCGUUUUUUGGAUUUGCUUGUGGCUCGGCCAUUUUUUUGUGUGCUGUUGGAGUCGGUCAUGUAACAUUCCACUUCCCUUGUUUAUACCAUCUCAUAAAGAAUUUUUUUUUUCUCCAUUGAGACUAAAUUUGUUACUAAAAUUGAUGUGGUUUCACCAAUAUGGUAUUUUCUACAGUAUCUCCCAAAUUGUUUAAUGGAAAGAAGUAAUAAAUUCAGGUAACUGCUGAAGAAGUCUUUAGGGGCACUGACCGCGUUGAUUACUUCUGUCUUACACAAAUUGAAUUUGCUCCUUCCAUCUUAUUCUGUCUGACUUCUCUCUGGGGACAGACAUCUGUUGUCUGGAAUUAGACUAGACCUUUAAUUCACUCUGCUACUGUGAAGGUUCCGGCCUUAAACUGUCUUAAGGCCUCCGAUGACUGAUUAUUUAACUGAAGAAUCUCAGUAAAUAAUGCCAUUCUAAAACCAAUUUUCUCAGGCCCUGCCAUCCGCUAUAACCCUGAAUACUUGGGCAGAAGGAAAUCAGCUGAACCCAAAGAAGGUGGUCGUACACCUCCAGAACUGAAUGCUUAUUUUCCACUUCUGUAUCUCGAAGCCUUCCACUCUUUACCUGUCUAGCAGAAGUGCAUACUUCUUUUUUGGCUGAAGAAAGAGGCCUGUUGGCAGCAUGUUUUCAGAGGUCUAAUCCAUAUGAAGAAGGCAAACUAACCAAGACCUGCGCAACAAAUCACGUGGCAUCACCCCCAGCCAAUCAGCAGCCAGCCGGAUAGCCAACCAGGCACAGCAGUAUCCAGCUCCCAGCAUGCACCUCAGUAACAGCAACCCAUCUAUGAUGGCGGAGGAGGCAACACGAGGCGUCGCCGUGGAGAAGUUUGACAGUGUGAAGAAGUGGGGCAUUAACACAUACAAAUGUACGAAGCAGAUGUUUUCGGAGCGUUUCGGGCGGGGUUCGCGCACGGUGGACCUGGAGCUGGAGACUCAGAUUGACCUGCUGCGCGACACCAAGAGCAAGUAUGAGAGCGUGCUGCGCCUAGCCAGCUCCCUCACCAGCCACUUCUACAACAUGGUGCAAACCCAGCAGGCCCUGGGGGACAUCUUUGCUGACCUCAGCCAGAAGUCACCUGAGCUGCAGGACGAGUUUGGGUACAACGCCGAGACCCAGAAGCUGCUUUGCAAGAAUGGCGAAACCUUGCUGGGCGCCAUCAACUUCUUUGUGUCCAGCGUGAACACGCUGGUAAACAAGACCAUGGAAGACACGCUGAUGACCAUCAAGAUGUAUGAGAAUGCCAGGCUGGAGUUUGAUGCCUACCGGGCGGACCUGGAGGAGCUGGGCGCGGGGCCCCGUGACGCGGGCACCAUGGUGCGGAUCGAAAUGGCUCAGCAGCAGUACCAGGUCCAAAGAGAGAAGUACGAGCGGCUGCGCAGCGACGUCUCCAUCAAACUCAAGUUCCUCGAGGAGAAUAAGGUGAAGGUGAUGCAUAAGCAGCUGCUUCUCUUCCACAACGCCAUCUCGGCCUACUUUGCAGGCAACCAGCAGCAGCUGGAACAGACACUCAGACAAUUCAACGUCAAGCUCAAACCCCCUGGCUCAGACAAGCCAUCCUGGCUGGAGGAACAGUGACCUUACACCCCCCCCCCCCCCCCCCCCCCCACCA